UGCCUUUUUUUAGGCCAUUAGCAAGACCCGCCUAGCUAACGUUCGUAGCAGCGGCGCUAUUCGUCACCGCCUUUUCAACCGACGUUCACACCGGCUGAAUGUAUCCGGUGUGGCGUUAAUCACUCCGGGAUGGAAACAGGACCUCGAUACGGUCAAACUGGACUGGAGUGCAUUCACACAUUUUUCCCACCCUGCUUUUGCCCACCUCAGGGUGAUUGGUGCCUGUUGGAGGCUGUGCACGCAUGGUCCUUACCAGUUGUUCCUUAUGCUUGAAAGAAGCUGGUGUCUGACAGGAUGGAUGGUGUGGACCUAAACAGACUUGUGUUUAAAAAUCAGUACCCUGCGUUCUGCUGCGGUGUUGAGUCCUUUUCCAUUUACAAGAGAACCCCUCCCCUUCUACUCUCCCACUCCCUCCACUAUAUAUAUGAAAAUAGUCUUUGAGCAAUCAAAGGGACAGCACAAGAUAGAUCUCACUUUAGCCUUUUUGUUUUGGAGCACAGGUCAAUACCACCUAACUAAGCCUAUAUGGCAGUCAUGGAAGUAAUCUUAUUUUAAUUUUUAUUUAGUGUACCACCUAACUCUAAGCCCAGGCGGUGGGAUGUCGGAAAAGCCAGACGACAAAAUGGUGAAGUUCCUAGCCCCCCCGCAGAGAAGUGGAAAUGGCCCCAGUUCUGGUUCAGAUUCAUUGAUGGGUGACUCCCGUCCGGUGGAAGUGAGACGCCGACAUCACACCAUGGAGCGCGACCGGUGUAACCCUGAGCACCGUUUUUUACGACGAAGUGUCAUCAGUGAUUCUAAUGCCACAGCUCUCGCCCUUCCUUUACCCAGCAAAAUCCCCAUUCCAUUACCUCCACAGGUCCAUCCACAACAGCACAAGGCUGCCGCCUCUCCUGCACUGCAGGUUGAACCCAGGAACAAGCAAAGUGAGAAGUCUGCCGAUGCUGGUGGAGAAAAACAAGAAGGAAAAGAUGGUGAAAUUGCCAAAGUAGAUGUUUUGUCUUCGUCUCAGCAGUCGGCUGUUGUACAAGACGUUAGAGAUGGAGACAUGUUGGUAGGAGCUUGCACUGCACCACUUUUGCCAAGUCACCAAGAACCUGAGAGUGUCAAUGAGGCGAAGGAUUCUCGUGAGAAUGAUGGGGAGGAGGAAGAUAAGGACUCUGCCAAAGCACGAGCUGAGGCAGAGCAAAGGGAAGCUGAGAAAAGAGUUCAGGAUGACAUCGAGGAGGCAGAAACCAAAGCAGUAGGAACAUCACCAGAUGGAAGAUUCCUCAAGUUUGAUAUAGAAAUCGGACAUGGCUCUUUCAAGACUGUUUACAAAGGCUUGGACACUGACUCCACAGUGGAGGUGGCGUGGUGUGAGUUGCAGGACCGUAAGCUGUCAAAGACAGAGCGGCAACGGUUUAAGGAGGAAGCUGGCAUGUUAAAGGGACUACAACAUCCCAACAUUGUUCGCUUUUAUGACUCCUGGGAGGCACCAUCCAAAGGAAAGAAGUGUAUUGUUCUGGUUACAGAACUGAUGACCUCUGGUACACUCAAGACAUAUCUAAAGCGGUUCAAGGUGAUGAAAAUUAAAGUGCUGCGCAGCUGGUGUCGGCAAAUCCUCAAAGGACUCCACUUCCUGCACACUCGGACUCCUCCUAUCAUCCACAGAGAUCUCAAAUGUGACAACAUCUUCAUCACAGGCCCAACGGGAUCUGUCAAGAUUGGAGACCUGGGACUGGCCACGCUGAAGCGAGCAUCAUUCGCCAAGAGUGUUAUAGGUACCCCUGAGUUCAUGGCGCCUGAGAUGUAUGAGGAGAAGUACGACGAGUCAGUGGAUGUUUAUGCCUUUGGAAUGUGCAUGCUGGAGAUGGCCACCUCCGAGUACCCGUACUCAGAGUGCCAGAACGCUGCACAGAUCUACCGCAGAGUUACCAGCGGGGUGAAGCCAGGCAGCUUCGACAAGGUGGCCAUUCCUGAGGUGAAGGAAAUCAUUGAGGGAUGCAUUCGUCAGAACAAGGAUGAGAGGUAUUCUAUCAAAGAUCUCCUAAACCAUGCCUUCUUCCAAGAAGACACAGGUGUGCGUGUGGAGUUGGCUGAAGAGGAUGAUGGGGUGAUGGAGGCCAUAAAGCUCUGGCUGAGAAUUGAGGAUAUAAAGAAACUAAAGGGGAAGUACAAAGACAACGAAGCUAUAGAGUUUUCUUUUGACCUCAACAAAGAUGUCCCUGACGUUGUGGCUCAGGAAAUGGUUGAAUCUGGUUAUGUUUGUGAAGGAGACCACAAGACCAUAGCAAAGGCCAUAAAGGACAGGGUCUCUCUGAUCUCUCGCAAGAGGGCGCAGCGGCAGCAGGUCAGAGAAGAUCAGGAGAAGAAACGUCUUGAAGAGGAAGUGCAGAGCCACUCACUGCCGCCACAACAAGUAGGCCAGCAGGCCGGGUUGGAGAUGUCUCAGUCCCAGCCAGCAGCACAGCACCCAUCCCAUGUUGCACCUCAACCUAGCCAACACAGCUCACAGAUAAGCAGCCAACCAGCAUCUCAACAGAGCAUUCAGAGCCCCAACUUCAGUACGACUCAAUCCAGUAAUACUACUGGGAUGUCCCAGGGGGUCCCCCAGGCAAUUAAUUUUCCCCAGUCAGGUGGGCAAGUCCAGGUUUCCAGUUCCAGCAGCCUUCAGCCUGAGUCUGAAGAGUCUGAGUCUGUCCAACAUGUACAGCAGUCUGGCGGAGCUCGGGACAUGGGUGACUCAACGCUUCCUGAGACCCUGCCACCUCAGCCUAAUGUGUCUUACAGUACUCCAAAUCAGGAACUUCAACCACAGAUGCAAAAUGAAACAAAGCAACAGCUGUCUACGGUCGGUCCAUCAGAAGUACCUCCUAGUUCAUCUGUUAACCAGUCGAAUUCAGUUGCACCUCAGCAGUAUGGAGGUUACUACCAAUCAUCGACUCCUCCUCAGCAGCAGUUGGAGAGCAGCAGCUCGCUGUCCCAAGCUCAGAGUGGAGCCCAGCAGCCACAGGGUCCUGUGGCUGUUCCCCUCUCAACACCAGUAGAUCAGAUGGCAGCAUCCUCUGCUCUGGUGCCACCACCUGGAGAGAGCGGCCUGUCAGAUGCCUCGGGUCUAAGCGAUGGAAACGAUGGAGGGUCUACGUCUAGGGGUUGCCAUGAGGGGCGCUCAAUGAAGCGGUAUCAGAGGCGAUCUGUCCGUAGUCGCUCCCGCCAUGAGAAGGCUGGGAAGGCCAAGCUUAAUGUUCUCAAUAUUUCUAAUGUGGGAGACCGAGUCGCAGAGUGCCAACUGGAAACCCACAACAGGAAGAUGGUAACCUUCAGGUUUGAUCUUGAUGGAGAUAACCCAGAGGAGAUUGCACACAUCAUGGUUGAGAGUGAGUUCAUUUUGGAGAGCGAGCGGGAGUCGUUCAUUGAUCAGGUCCGCGAGGUCAUAGAAAUGGCUGAUCAGAAGGGAGCCGGAAUUAAAGAUGGCUUCCCACAGAUGAGUAAUCAACAAAAUCCUGAGCUGACUGUUCCCAUGGUACCAGGCAUAUCCCCCAGCACCACAACUCAGGUGGUUCAUUCAACAGGACGAAGAUUCAUAGUGAGCCCAGUCCCAGAGUCUCGUCUUAAAGAGCAGUUCUUUGGAGCUGCUUCUGGUAAUGUGUCUUUUGGAGACGACCCUUCCUGUGCUCCAUUGGGUCUUUCGCUGUCUGCGCCAACUGUGACACUUCGCCACGCUUUCAACCAAGUCAAACAGGCUCAAAUGGAAAGAAGCAGCACCAUUGAUUCAACUCCAGCUGAGCAGGAGCCAACCCCAGUUCCGUCCACUGAUGUUUCUAACAAAGUCCAGUCUCCUCCCGAGGUGGCGGCCUCCACCUCUGCUUCUGUCACAUCUAAUGCAGCAGUGUCACCUCCUUAUUUAGCUGAAACGGUUUCACCUCCACCAACGUCUGUUCCAUCCCAAACUGUGAAUAACGAUUCUAGUCCAUCACCACAGUCCUCCCAUGAAAUGGCUCCUUCCCAGCAGCCGCCGUCAACCAGCCUCCCUGCUUCAUCCGCCACGGUUUCUCCUCCAUCAACUCAGACGUCCAUACCUGCCGUAGCAGGGUCACAGCCAAGCAGUGUGUCUGCUGGAGCUCCUUCUGUCUCUGUUUCAGAGCGGCCCUCCUUUAUUAGUCCUAUUACAUCCAACCAUUCUCAGCACCCACCUCCCACUGCAGUACCCACUCAGACCCAGGCCCAGUCACACCCCCCGGAGUCUGAGGGAGCAGAGGUCCAGUCUAAGACGAUCGGCAGGGAUGACAUCCAAACCCUAGACAUGAAGCUCCGUUCGCUCUUCAAAGACCCACUCCCGGCCUCUGUGACAGUGGAUCACAGUUCGGCGACAGGGAAUUGCUCUCCUCCCACUGGAACGUCUUCUCCACCUCCUGGGAAUGCCCUGGUUCCUCCAUGUAACCUUUCUCUAACUCCUGCCAUACAAAGUGCUCAGAGCUCAACUACCCCAGGGGGACAUGUUCAGCCCCAUACAUCAAAGCCUAGGGCACAGACUUUACCUCCUGAUCUGGAUCAAACCACUACGCCUCCCUCUGAACCUGUACAUCCGUUUCCUGGACCUAAUCAGUCACAGCAGCCCCAGGGGAUUUCAGAUACCCAGUUAAAGAGAGCUCAGAGUCCUGAAAACGGUCAGGGCGGUGAAGACGUCAAGCCCACAGGAACAGAUUUCAAAGUUGGUCGUUUUAUUGUCUCUGGUCCAUCCAGCUUUCCUCCAGAUCCACCAAAAGCCAUAUCUUCUCCAUCCCUCACACCAUCCUCUACUUCCUCCUCAUCCUCAUCCUCCUCCACACCUUCAAGCCCAGAGAAUACGCUCCACCGUUCAUCCCCUCGUCCUAAAGACUCCAGUGAAGCUGAUGGAGCUCCCACUGUUUCUACCGGUUCUGCUAGUCAGACCUUCAAUGUUGGACGCUUUCAAGUGUCCAAGAGCGACCAUGCCUCAUCUAAAACAAGUGCCGGCUCUACAGUGGGGCCAUUAGUAGUCACAGUGACCAAAGCUCCAGCAGCAAGAUCUAGUUCACUAGAGCGCUGUAAUAAGCUGAAUGGACCAUCAUCCUCAACCUCUGACCCUCAAAACCAACAACGCCCUAACAGCAGUGAUAAUGAGGCGGACUCUGAAACAGACGAUGAAGCCCUUCAGAAAGAAAUAAGUCGCCUCAGAGAAAAACACAUGAUAGAGAUUCGUAACUUACAGAGCCGUCAGAAAGAAGAAAUAGAGGCCCUGUACUCCAAGAUGGGAAAAGCUCCCCCUCCUUAUGUUGUCUCCCCUGCUCAGGCUCUAGGUGGAGGUCGGCGUAGGCGCAAAAGCCACAGAUCUCGCAGUAGUGGACAGCCCAGUCCCAUUCAUUCAGGUCAGAGUCAUGGAUCAGAGUCUCCUCUGAAGCAGAGUAUGCCCUCUGCAGCUGGAGCCUCGGAGAGUGCAGCUAGCACAACAUCUCUACAACCACUUACAUCCUCUCCAUCCCUGCCAAGCCUCAGUGGUUCUACUGGAUCAUGUGAAACCAGCUCCUCAAACGGAUCAAGCCUCUGCCAGAACAUCCCUGCUUCCUCUGCAUCCCAGACCCAGAAGACCAAGAGCACCUUCUCUGAUGACAUGCACCAACUUGUAGAUAACUUUGCCAGAGAUGCAAAGAAAGGGCCUAAAACUGGAACACCCACACCUGUUGGACUUGAUAUUAUCCCUCCAGCGAAUAUGGGCCGUAAAUUUUCGGCUCCAGGACACCUAGGUUCUGCGCAUCACGCACCCGCAAACUGUACAACCACCAGCACGCAUCUUCCCAACCCAGGCAAUCCCACAGCCCCUCUGGGUCCUCGUAAAGGCUCCCUGGGUCCAGUUGUGCAGGGCUUUGGAUAUGCCUCAGCCCCCUACGGUGCUUCUCAGUGGGCAGGCCCCACAGGCACCUGCCAGGUCAGCAUGCAUAACCCCACACAGCCACUAAAGCAGUACCAGCCCCCUACAACAGUAUCGGUCUCCAUGCAUCAAGGCUACCAAACGGGAACACCUCAGACCAACCAGACGUCUGUCAGCCAUGGAGGGACCAAUCCAAGGCCUACGUAGCCCAGCCUGGGCCCCACCCUAAGCUGAAAGGAAGGGCCACACAGAGCAGAGGGGUCAGCCUCUCCUUGCAUUCUGCCCACUGUUUGUAUUGUGCUUUUUUAUUUCAUCGUUUUAAUGUUGUCUAUUACUUCUGUUAAAGAGCGACCUGUGUGGUUCAGGUCCUCUCAGGUAGAUUUUGAGUGUGUCCGACAACUGGUGGGAGAGUGCAAUACACCUCCACAGCACAAAAGCGUCACUCUUAGCCUGCCAUUAGCUGUGGAAGCAAGCUGUGACGAGUCAGGUGGCUGUGUGCGGAAAAGAAACGCACACUAAAGGCAUAACCAAAAGCGGCCACAGGUGUCUUUUGAACAGUAAGAUGCUGCAACAUCAUCAUUCCUUUGAGGGGAGAACAAGAGGAGGGAUUGUGACACAUAUCCUUACUAAUCUGGACUAUAGACAAAGCUGGGACUAAAGAUGGUGGAGCUUUUACACAUCAGACUGAACAGGAACCUGGAGAUGGAAAGUAAAGUUGCUUAAGCAGGUUAGAGCGAGGUGAGUGUACAAAAGGUGUGAAAUAAGAGUGGAAGGUCAAAUAACUCUGUAGAGUUAGAAGAAAGACUUAGUAAGUUAGGCAGGGAACCCGAUAGGGCUGCAGUAUGAGUAGAUCCCAGAGACUACUGAGUAAAAUGCAAUAAUGAAGUAGAUAAACAGUCCCUUAUAAACGUGGCCUUAAUCCCAAAACACAUGGAAACAUUGGCUUUGUACAUAGGGAGGAAUUCAUUGGGUUAUGAUGCUAUGUUUAACGUAUUUCUGUCUCUGUGGGAGUCUGGUGUCAUUGUGGUUUAAGUUUUCUUUCAUCCAGAUCCACAUCAACAUGUGAGAACCGUGUCCUGGUGUUGAUCACCAUUAGUUCAACUGACAAGGCAACGCUCCUUAAAACGCCCACACACAAACAUGAAAUUACUUCUUUCAUUUCAGCUGAGUUUUUUUGCUGAUAUUACACCUAUCAUACCCAAAUUAAUAUUAUUGGGUUAGUAUUUAAGGACUUUUGUGUGGACAGGUUUGAUGAAAGUAUGGAAAACAAUUAAACGGGUUAACCGCAAAGAUCCCUGUACCCAUAACAUUUAACUGUGACCCCCAGCAUCCCAAAAUGUCUGGGCUUUUUCUCUGUCUGUGGUCUGUUUUUGUAAACGUAUAUUUAAUACAACAAAACGUUCUUUAUGGACCUGUAUUCAGCCAUCAGAUUUUGAUGUUGUUUCACUGUAAUUAUUAUUAAAGGUUGUUAAACAACAUGUAAAGAAAUAUUAAAAAGUGCAAUUGCAGGGUGGUUGCAGUUAAUAUCCUACUCAACCAUGCAGGAGUGAAACCUGCUGUUUGUUAAGCUCUUCUAUGACCGCCCUGCACUCAUUUUCUAUUUUGUUUUUUUGUUUUGUUCUUGUAAAUAUCCUAAAGUGAGGUAAAAACGCUUUCACUUCAUUCUCAGUCACAGACGUAUGCUUGUGGUGACCCACUUCUUCGUGCACUCUUUACCCGUAAAACACGAGGAACACUUUAGUGCCUUGCAUCCUCACUAACGAUCAGUUCCAGACUCACCCAAUCCCUGCAAGCUCAACCAGUACCUGAAGUAAACAGCCAGUUGGUUCAGAGCAUGCAACGCCGAAACAGAUGCAGAACCAAGAGCACAGUUAAACAGUGCAUUCUUCUCUCUACAUUUACAUUCGUGUUGGUUGUGUAAUCAGCUGUGUAUUUCUACUUGCCUCGUGGGAACAUGAAUUUAUGCUGACAUUUUUUUUUCUGUGAAUUUAUUACUAAACUUUAUAGAAGCACGUGUUUUAAGUGGAGAGUGGGCUGUUCAAAGGUUCAAAAGUCCUGCUGACUCAGCUGCUGUCUCACCACCUUGCAGCAGUGCCAUGCUGUUGUUGUGACUCUUUCGCCUGCUUGUAGAUCAAAUUGUUUAACUUCUCUAGAGAAAAAAAUGACUUCCUGCAAUGCAGAAUAUGCAAUGUUUAAAGUUUUAUAGGGAACGAGGGGUGUUGGAAACAUUUGCAUGCUGAUGAAGUGUUAACUUCGACGUUUUUUGAUAUUGGAAUAAGUAUUUUUCUUUAUUUGCUUUCCUGACGGGUUGUCGAUAUCACAGGCGCAACUUCUGCCUCAGAUUAUCAGCAUGCUAACUUCACUGGGUGUUAAUUCCUCUAAAGAACAACCAUUUUCAAUCCGACCACUGCACAGCACAAGCUCACAAAGGUUAAUGUCCAUGUGCUAUUACAGUUACCAGACCCCCUCCGUACAGUCGUGUUUAAGGCCCUCGGCACACAGUUAUACUCAUCUGAUCCCUUCUGACUUCCUGUGAUUUUGUCUGUUUUGUGUACGUUUUUCCACA